UCGGCUUACAAAUGGCGAAACAACUUGUACUUGAUAGCGCCGCCACUAAGACCAGAUUUGUCUGUCGGGUGUUCAUCGUGACCGGGGGUGCCUCGGGUGUAGGACUUGCCACUGCCGAACGCCUCCUGAAUGAUGGCGCCUCGGUGGCUAUCUUUGACAUCAACAAUCAAGCAGGGGAGGAGGCAGAGCAGCGACUGAAAAGCUCGGGGUAUGCCGUUCGAUUCUACAGUGUUGAUGUCUCGCAACAGGAUAUCUGUGCUGAAGCAGUCGGACGAGUAGUGUCGGAGCUUGGGACGGGGAGCAUCCAUGGACUGGUGAACUCUGCUGUCUACUUCGGCUCGCAAGGUCUCCAGGCGACUAACGCGGACUGGGAAAAAACCAUGAGUGUCAACGUCCUAGGUGUCUCCAACAUGGUCCAGGCAUGCGUCCCGUACAUGAAAAAAGAAGAAGACCCUGCCAUCGUCAACCUAACCAGUAUAUCGGGGUUGAGGGCCCAGCCAAACAGAUGGACCUACGCCACAAGCAAAGGUGGGAUAAUCUCGCUUACUAAGUGUAUGGCUCUUGAUCUGUCGGAAAGGGGGAUACGGGUGAACUCUUGCAGCCCCAGCUGGGUCUGGACACCAGAGGUUCUGAAAGCAGCUAAAAACGAUCGAGCUACCCAUGAGCCAAAAUGGGGCGCUUACCACAUGCUACGUCGAAUAGCUGAACCAUGUGAGGUGGCUGCUUCUAUCGUGUUCCUGCUUAGUAAGGAUGCAUCCUUUAUCACUGGGGCCAAUCUUGACGUGGAUGGGGGCUACACUGCCAUGAGUGCGGAGGGGUACGGCGACCCUAAUAACUUCGCCGGGACAACUUACGAGGCGGAGAAAAAGAAAAGUGAUACAAACUAAAUACUAUAAGAUGAUGGUUCCUUACAUGAAGAUGAAAUCUCAAGGGAAUUUGCAAAUUCCAUCUGCAUAGAGUACGUUACAUUCCGAAUUUCCAUCAAAAGGAUCGAGCCAGAUGUGCGGAAAACUCGGUGACAAUUUUACUGGUAAGGUACGGUGGUACAGUUAUAGUCCUGUAUGCAUAAAUGUGUGCUGCUAACUGCUUUUCACACUGGUGGGACUAGGGUUAUAAUUGUACUACUUAACCUUUUAAUGCUUAUGCACGGUGCCGAGUCGAUUUGUGGUACUAAGUAUGGAUUAGAGACUUAACCCAUACCUGGUGGUACUAGCUUGGCGCCGAAUCUCUUGUAACUGGUGAGAUUGAGGACUGUAAGGAAGGCAUACGUCCCUCCACAAUUUGUUUGAGAAUAAUUGGGUAGGUCUGUUGUUACCAGAAAUCAGUCCAUUCCCUAAUAGUGGUACGACCAUCGACUGGGUACCGGUGUUAAAGUGACUGCAGAGGUUGACUGACCUGUUUUCGGUCUACGCCAUCUCGGAGACUUCAUUGCAGAGAAAAAGUGCUACAUGUAUCGGUUAAGAUUAUGUGCAAAAUAACCAUUUAAAACAUUAUUUUGCAAAAAACCAGUUCCGGAGUUACCAUAGGUUGAAUAUUCAGGAAGGUAGCAGCGGCUUAAAACUUCCAAGUAAAUCUUCGUUUCCAUAGGAGCAACACGUUUUGAAAAUGAAACUCUUUCACCAUGUGCAUCCGUCCAUAAUCAUAAUAAUACUAAAACCGUUAUCUGAAAACCGAGAUGGUGCGACAGGUUUUACCACUUCUUCGCAAAUCCGAAACUUUCUGUCGGAGAAAUCCACCAAGACCUUGAUACAUGCCUUCAUCAUUUCCCACCUUUACUACUAUAAUGCUGUCCUGAAUGGUAU